CCCCCCCCCCCCCAACGGAAAACUAGGGAAGGUCAUCUGUCACCCCAACAGCAAAAGCAUGUGAACAGAAAGUCACAUCGCGCGCUUGCUAGAGAGAGAGAAUGGUGGACGCCUACCACCACUGUCCAUCCAGUUCCUCCGACGAGGACGAUGAAUCAGUGGAGGAGGAGGAGGAGAAGGAAGAGGAAGCAGACGAAGACUGCCUCCCCCUGCCCCGCCCCCUGCACUGGACCGGUCUUUCGGACAGCAUGAAAGGUCUGCUGGCUGCCCUGCUGGGUGGGGGGGUGCCGGCCGGCUUCGUGCCUCUCUUCACCCGGAUCGCCCACGAGAGCGCGCACCUCCCCCCGCUGGAGGUCCUGUUCGGACGCUGCCUGCUGCACUUGCUGGUAUCGGCCGCGGUGCCCUGCCUGCGGAGGAGCUCCGCCGGACAGCCUUCCUUUGGCCCCCGGGCAGCCUGGCCCCGCCUGCUGACCCACGCCGUGGUCAACCUGCUCUCGGUGGGCUGCGCGUACAGCUCCUUCACGCUGGUGCCGGCGGGGAACGCGUCCGCAGUGCGCAAGGGCGCCUCCACCCUGGGCUCCGUCCUGCUGGCCCUGUGCCUGGGCAGCGGCCCGCUGAGCUGCUACGACUGCGUGGGGCUGCUGGGCAGCCUGCUGGGGCUGCUGGUCAUCGUGCUGCCCGACCUCCUCCUCUCUGCACACUCCUCGGCCAGCACGGCGGACCUCUUCGGCUACGCCCUGGCCUCGCUGGGCGGCCUGGCCCUGGCCCUGGGCCUGGUCAUCUUCCGGACCUUCUCGCACCCGGGUAGGUUCCAGGGAGCCGUCUUCUCCUUCGGGGCUCUGGGGGCCCUGAUCUGCGGCCCUGCCUUCACCCUCCAGGAGCCCGUCUGGCCCCGUGGCCCCCUGGCUUGGGCGUGCCUGGUGGCGGUCGCCUGCCUGGCUCUGGCCGCGUUCCUCUCCUCAAACUACGCCGUGACGAAGGCGCACCCGGCCCUGGUGUGCGCUCUGCUGCACUCCGAGGUGGUGGUGUCCAUGAGUCUGCAGUACGCGAUGCUGGGGGAGCCCGUCACCUCCUUCGAUAUAUUGGGGGCCGGAGUCAUCGUGGGCAGCAUCGCGGUGAUCAGCGCCCAGAACUUCAGCUGCGACCCCCGCCCCCCGAGCGAGAAACUGAGCUGCUGAGGAAAGAAAGGGGUGGGCUUUCACCCUGAGCCGCCCAGCCAGCGUGCAAAACUUUUGGCCACAGCUGUAGAGCUCUGAAUAUUGAAAGUUACAGUACCUGUCUGUGUGUCCCCUUGUGACCCCAGGCCUCAUAGAAAACAUUUCAUUUUAUACAGUGUACUGCACUGAGGGUUGCAAGAGUGUAAAUACACACAGAACACAAACAAAAACAUCGGCCAGCUCCCAGCAAACCUCCAAACGUCUGCAACAUGCUGCUGCGUCAUCAUUGAGAGAGAGAUCAAAAGAAAAAAAAAACUGAAAUUAAAAUGCAUGUUUUGUUACUUCAGAAAGUCGUCUUGUAGUAUUAUUAUUAUUAUUAUUAUUAUUAUUAUUAUUAUUAAUUUGCUGUUGUCGUAACGCAGUUAUGGCAGUGGAUGCUGUAUUACAUAUUUACAAUUUUCAGUUUUCACUUACUGAAAAUAUAUAUAUUUUAAAACAACCCAGAUACUAAUUUAGAAAUAAACUGCUUUUAAUCUGACACAUGACAAAGACCACCAGCGUGCACCAUUUUGUGCCUUUCUGCAUGUCAGGAAGCGCUAUUCCACUGGAGAACGCAAGAGGGCGACAAAGUCCAUAAAACACCGUUUCGGUUAUUAUAUUGGUGUUUAAAGAUGUUUGUUUUUUUUCGUUUGUUUUGUUUUGUUUUGUUUUAAAACAACGGGAUAAAUAGAUUAAAGACCAGAAAACAAGAAAGUAAAUUCAAAACUAACAUGCCUGCCGAGCCCGCUCCUUCUCCACCCUUGCUCCGCAGUGGUGGAACGACCUUCCUACAGAUGUCAGGACUGCCCAGUCCCUGACCACAUUCCGGCGCCUCCUCAAGACUCACCUCUUCAAAGAGCACCUGUAGAACUCCUCUGUUGUAUCCUGGGACACUAUCACCCUUCAUUUAAAUAUGCUUUAUUUUGCUCUUAUCUGCCCCCUAUUUUACUGCAUUUAAUCCUGUACCUCAGAAUAUUGUAAUCUCCCAAGUGUUUAAUCUGUAGUAUUUUGUACUUAAUCAUAUCCUGAUGUAACUAUCACUAUUUAAUCAUAUCCUGAUGUAACUUUCACUAUUAUCUGCUGUAUUAUUGAAUUGUGAUUUGUCA